GUUGUUAUUUACAAAUGAGCGUACGGCUCUGAAAGGGCAGGGCCAAACUGCCCCAAUCUAAAAAUGUACAAAGAUGCCCUUUUGGCUGCGGCGAAUGUUUGGAAGCCCGAGUUGUACAAAAUACAACUCGAGGCUCCAACUCCUAAGCCUGUGCUAUGCGAGCGCAAUGACAUUAUGGGGCCCACUCGAUACGGAAAGGAAUACCACGGCAAAAUGGACCACAAAGAGUGCACCGAACUGUUGAAAGACAAACCGGACGGGAGCUAUCUGGUGCGCCGUAGCCCGGGGGCCGACAAUUACUACACGCUCAGUUUGCGCUUUGGGCAGGAUACCAAACAUUUUAAAAUAUUCUAUUGCCCGGAGAAGGGUCACUUUCUUCAGGAAAAUUUUAAAAAGUUUGAAACGGUACAGGACAUGGUAGCCGACGGGUUGGUCAAUUUCUAUAUGCGCCUGCACGCCGCACCAAUCUUGAAGGAAAUGAUGAGCCAAACUAAGAAAUGCUACGAACAGAGUCCGUACAUGACGCUCCACCGGCGUAAGCUGCGUUCGCUGUGCAAAUCGAGCAAGUUGUCGAUGGUGCAGGACAGUGUUGAGUCGGCAGACACUGAAAUCGCCGACGAGCAGGACGACGGUAAUGGUGGUGAUGGCAAUGAAGCGUUGAUUGAAAAAUUGGAGCUGUACGAUAAUGAUUACCCGGAGUACGAGAAGCAGCACGCGUUUAAAACACACACCUUUAAGGGGUUGAAUUGGUGCGAGUUUUGUGCUAACUUUCUUUGGGGUUUCACAUCCCAAGGAGUAAAAUGUGACGAUUGCGGUUUUAUGGCACAUUUUAAGUGCUCGGAGCUGGUACCAGCCAAAUGUUUACCGGACUUGAAGCGGCUCCGUGGCAUAUUCGGAGUCGAUCUGACCACGCUGGUGACGGCGCACAAGUGUCGCAUUCCUUUCAUUGUGAAAAAGUGCGUCGAGGAGGUCGAAAAUCAUGGUAUGCUGCAGGAAGGCAUCUAUCGAAUUUCGGGAUUUGCCGAUGAGAUCGAAGCACUCAAGAUGGCACUGGACAAGGAUGGCGAAAAGGCGGAUGUGUCCGCGCAGAUGUACAGCAACGUAAAUGUGAUCGCCGGAGUACUCAAGCUGUACUUACGGCUGCUCCCCGUUCCUUUAAUAACUUUCCAAUCAUUCCCACUGUUUAUGGAAGCGAUGCGCGAAAAAUCGAUCGGCGAACAAGUGAUAGCUUUGCGAAACGCUGUGAAAGCGUUGCCUCCGGCGCAUCUGCACUGUUUAAAGUACAUUCUGGAGCAUCUGAAUCGCAUCGCUUCGCAUCACGCAAUCAACAAGAUGAACGAGCAUAAUCUGGCCACCGUGUUUGCGCCAACGCUUAUAGCCACACCGCAGCAUAUGACCGAUUUGUCCCAGGAGAUCAGCAUGCUUGCCGCCUUGAUCAGUCACUGUCAUGCAAUAUUUUUGUAAUACACUUGAAAAAUCUAUUUAACCAGUAGCAGAACAUAACAGCGUAAAGCGAAAAAACAAUCACAUCUUCAUCAUAUACGUAGGAACGGGUCCGGUUUUUGUCGGAUGCUGCGUACCGAUGUCUUUCGGUAUGAAUGCAUAUUAAUCGAUCACCUACCAACCAAUUAAGGUAUUUUUAAAUUUGCACCUAACACGUACUCUGCAAAGCAAAGGUUUAUGUAUGUUACUCAUUUUUAUGCAACUAUCUAUAGAUUCCUUAUUUAGGUUAGUUUGUGUUAUGCAUUUCUUCACAAUACUGUAAUAAAUGUUCCAAAGGCGUUCAUUGGAAGCCUUCUGACCAAUA